AUGAAUGAUACUCGUCGCGGCAUUGUGACCACCAAGCGUCAUCGACGUUCUUCGCCAGGCGCGACACCUCGCAGAACCCCGGUCGCAAUCAUGGCUCCAUUAGCCGCCCGACCUCACCAGGAUCAUGAGGAUGAAAGUGAGCAAGACGAAGCACAGUACGGCGAUCCUGAUGUUGGUCCCGCACUCAAGAAGAUCAUGCCAAACCACAUCACCGACAUAGCCAACGCAGAGAUGACGCGAACCACCACCGCCAAGAGAGGAAGAGUCACAAAGGCCACCAAGUCCAAGCGCAAGCCAUCCAAGCAACAAGAGCCUCAGCUCCCCCCUGAUCCUGAACCCAUUGCUGGGGCUGGCGGCCAAGGCUUCAACUUCCCAACCUUGCAGCAGUCAGGAACCCCCAUUCUCUUGACCGCAGCGAGAAUGGCUCCUGUUCCGGGAUUGGGAUAUCUCUUUCAGGAUGAGUUCGGGAUUCAGAUGUUGGUGCCAUACUCACUACUGCCAACUCAGCCUCGACAACAGAGCUUUUGGCCUACCAACUACCAAGUUUCUGCAUCUCACCCGAUGCCCAGCUCGGGACCAACUCUUCAGUCGUACGGUAUGACCGGAGGCAUGGGAGUUGACAACCUCCAGUAUCUGAAUUCUGGUCUUGCCCAGUAUCCUCAGCUACAGACUCAGCCCGUUCUUCGACCGACUCGUUUCCAGCCUCAGGCCCAAGUAUCUGAGCUUGGACCCUUUGACGAGAGUCUCACCACUGCGAGCUUCGAUAGCCAGACGAUGACACCCUCACCUCGGAACCAAAACUAA